AGGAGAGUCAACCAUGCUAAGCAUAGAACCUCUGCAAGUACCAGAGUUGAUAAGGCAAGGAUUGCUAGGGUAAGAGAAGCAACCAUACUAAGCAUAGGACUUCUGUAAGUUCUACUCUUUAUUACCAAUCUGCGAUUAAAAUCUAAUUUAUGUGUGGGCUGUGUUUUUUUUGUUUAACCAAACACCCGCCCGAACAAAACGGGUUUGACGCCCCCAUCGAUUCGCUUGGGUCCGCGUAUAUAGCACAAACCACAGAACGCGAGAAGCCGCUUCGCUGAGUGCCAACAGAAAAUUGUUGCUCAUCUUCCUGCUUAUCCCCGCCGGCCGGCCGGCCAGAACCGUGCUUAUCUCAAUCGCCGAUUCGUGGUGUCUCUUGUUCAACCUACGAUGACUGUGUCUGGGCUAACCACCUUACCAUUGAGAUACAGCCUUCACCCACCCGUACGAUGUUUUGGGUUGCCAGCCAAGAAGGUUCUGGUAUUCCCGAAUGCAUCUAGAAUGAGACUCUUGGCUGAUAAUACAAGGAAAUUCAACAUACAGCAAAGGCAUAUUGUCAAGUGCUCGAUGUCAGCUUCAUAUGGGGAUUCCAUGGGCGAUGCUGCUGCUAUUUUUCCUAGGAUCAACAUUAUGGAUCCAUACAAACGACUUGGAAUCAGCAGGGAGGCUUCUGAAGAAGAAAUCCAAUCUGCCAGGAACUUCCUAAUAAAAAAAUAUGCUGGCCAUAAACCAAGUGUGGAUUCUAUUGAAUCAGCACAUGAUAAAAUAAUCAUGCAGAAGUUCUAUGAAAGGAAGAACCCAAAAAUAAAUAUUAAGAAAAAGGUGAAGGAAGUAACUCAAUCUAAGGCUGUACAGUUUGUGACAAGCAGGUUCCGCACUCCGGCUACAUCUUUUUUGAUAAAAACUUGCAUUGCUUUCAUUGUUAUUGGAGCUAUGACGGUUCUGUUUCCAACUGAAGAAGGCCCAACUCUUCAAGUAGCCAUUUCCCUUAUCAGUACCAUUUAUUUCAUUCAUGCCCGGCUAAAGAGUAAACUCAAAGCUUUUCUUUAUGGGGCUGGGGCAUUUAUUUUCUCCUGGCUGCUAGGGACAUUCCUAAUGGUAUCUGUAAUCGCUCCCAUACUUAAAGGACCCAGGAGUUUGGAGGUUACUACUUCACUUAUAACCUAUGUGUUCUUGUGGGUCACAUCAACUUACCUUAUAUAGAGCUUCUCCUAAUUUCUUUCUCCCCGCCCCAAUUUUUGUAAGCUCGUAGUGGUAUGGUUGGGUACUACCUCUGAAUUGCCAUGAUUCUUAAUUAGGGCAUAAUGGCAUUGACAUCAUCAAUGUUUCUUCAAGGAUUUUGAGUGCAUUGUUGUGUUUGUGCAUAUUGUAGUGGAGAUAAUAAUGUGUAAUAGAUUCGACCCAAACUUGUAUUGGGUAGUCUUAUGGUAGGAGGGAGCAAAAAUCGCCAAACCGGCUAUCCCCUCCCUACUACUAACCACCCUACAUGGAUAUGUGAUGUGGACUAUUUUU